UCAGGGUUUGGUGCACCUGGAGCACCUGGUAGUAAAGGUGCAACAGGAGCUAGAGGACAAAAGGGAGAUCCUGGAAAUGAGGGUGUAAAAGGUGACAAAGGAAGCGAAGGAUCUCAAGGUAAACAAGGUCCACUUGGACGAACAGGACCGCUGGGGGCUAAAGGAAACAACGGAUCACAAGGAGAAAAGGGCGAGCCAGGAUUGAAUGCCUCACAAUCACGUAAAUCUGCAUUUACUGCAUUGCGCACAACCAAUGUACUAACUUCAGAAUCGAGCAUCCCAUUCACACUGAUGGAGAUUAAUAUCGGAAAUGACUUUGACAAAAAUACAGGAAAAUUUACGUGUAGAAUUUCUGGCGUGUAUUUCUUCAUGUUUAGUGUUCGGUCUCUCACUUCUUUUAACCCCUAUGUGAAAAUGAUGUUAAACGGUCGUGUAAUCACAACUGCGCAUAACAGUGACUCCAAUCCUUAUGAUCAGAUAAGCUCUGGCGCAACAGUUGAACUGAAUGUCGGUGAUCAAAUUUGGUUGACGAACGAACAAGCAAAACUCGGUGGUAAUUCCAGGCAUCCUUUUACAUUCACUGGCUUCAUGUUAUACGAUAUGGACUAG